AUGUCGCCUAAUCAGAAGGCAUGGCUGGAAGCAACGAGUGUCGCCAUCCAGUCACGAGACAGCAUGCAACAGGGUAUUGCUGUCUUAUCUAUUUGCCCGCUCUUUUCGCUCUCCCCUCCCCACGUCAGUUAUCUUUCCUUUCCUCUUCUUUUAUUUUUUUUAAUUCAACUUCCGAUGCGUUGUAGUCGACGUGAUUCGAAUAUGCACGCUUAUUACUUUGGAAGUGGCCGGGAAGGAUGUUUUGGGAUCCGCUUCGCAUAUCUAUUGCUUCUUUUUCCUCCAUCUUUAAUUUCUUUUUCUUUUACUACUUUUUCUUCUUCUUCUUUUGCUUUCUCUUCUUCUCUAUCAUCUAUUUCUUCUUCUCUUGUAAGAAUAUUUAUACUUCUUCCUCAUUUCUUCUUCUUUAACAACAAUCUUCCUUCUUCUUUUUCUUCUUUUUUUCUACUCCUUUUCUUUUUAUUAUCCUUUCUUCUCCUCUCACGUCUAUUUCGUUUUUUUCUUGCAACUAUUUCUUCUUCUUCUUCUUCUUCUUCUUCUUCUUCUUCUUCACCAUUUACUUAUUCUUCUCUUUACGUCUAUUCCUUUUAUUCUUGCAGUCUUUUUCUUUUCUCCGUCAUUUCCUUCCUCCUCUUCUCCCUCUUCUUCUCUUGCAGCAAUCUUUCUCUUUUCUUCUUCUUCUUCUUCUUUUCUUCUUCUUCUUCUUCUUCUUCUUCUUCUUCUUCUUCACCAUUUACUUCUUCUUCUCUCUACCAAUCUUUCUCUUUUCUUCUUCUUCUUCUUCUUCUUCUUCUUCUUCUUCUUCUUCUUGCACCAAUCUUUCUCCUUCUCCUUUCUCUUCUCGUCGUCCUUUUCCUUCUUUUUCCUCUUCCCUUCUUUAUCAUCUAUGUAUUCUCUUGCAAUAAUAUUUCUACUACUUCCUUUUCGUCUUCUUCUUCUUUUUCUUCUUCGCCAUUUACUUGUUCUUCUCUCUACGUCUAUUCCUUUUACUCUUGCAAAUAUUCUUUAUCUUUUCUCCGUCAUUCUUCUUCUCCCUCUUCUUCUCCCUCUUCUCUUGCAGCAAUCUUUCUUCUUCUUCUUCUUCUUCUUCUUCUUCUUCUUCUUCUUCUUCUUCUUCUUCUUCUUCUCUUGCGUCUAUUUCUUCUUCUCUUGCACCAAUCCUUUUUCCUCUCCUUUCUCUUCUCGUCGUCCUCCUCUUUUUCCUACUUUUUCCUCUUCCCUUCUUUAUCAUCCAUGUAUUCUCUUGCAAUAAUAUUUCUAAUACUUCUUCUUCUUCUUCUUCUUCUUCUUAUUUGCCUCUUCCAUCUCUCAUGCAUUUCUUUUACUUCAUUAAACCCUUCUCGUCUUCUUCUUCCUCCUCCUCCUUCACCCCAUUCCCCCUUGAUUUAUCUCUCAUCCUGCUUCUUCUUCUUCUUCUUCUCCUUCUUCUUCUUUGUUGUUCUUUCUUCUUCUUUUUUUUUUCUUCCUUUUCUUCUCCUCUGUUUGCCGAGAACUACUUCUUCCAUAAUUUUCUCCAACUCUUCUUUUUUUUUAUCUCUCGUGAUUUUCUUAAUUCAUUAUUAUUUCCUCGCCUUCUGCUCUCCUCUUCCUCCCCCUCUCCUUUCUACCUUCCUUCCUCAUUCCCCUGACCAUUUCCUCUUCUUCAUUACUCUUUUCUCUCUUUCUCAGAUGAUCGAACAUCUUUUUCCCGAUUUAAGGUUUCUUCUUUUUUUUUUCUUUUUUUUUUCUUCUUCUCAUGCCAUACCCCGCGACACGACAACUGCUUUAUUUCGAAAUCGCACGUUACCCCUGCUUCCCGGACACUCCCUUAUAGCCUCUCCUCAAUCGGAUCACCCUAUUAAUGUAUUAAAGCAGAGAGACAGGCGAACUCAGUCGUGGUUGAGAGUUUCAAAGGUUUCGCUAUUCCCCAAUCUGAAUCUUUCAUAUCUAUCUAUGUAUCUAUCUAUCGAUCUAUCUAUCUAUCCAUCUAAUUCUCUUAGGAAAUCUCUUCCUCGAUCUCAGCCUUUCCUCUAUCUAUCUAUGUUGUACAAUUUUUAUCUCUAUUUCACUUACUUCUUCCUACUCUUCUUCUCCAUUUUUCUUCUUUUCGAUUUCUUCCUCUUCCUCUUCUUCUUCAUUUUUCUUCUUCUCGAUUUCUUCUUCUUACUCUUCUUCUUCAUUUUUCUUCUUCUCAAUUUCUUCCGCUUCCUCUUCUUCUUCUUCAUUUUUCUUCUUCUCGAUUUCUUCUUCUUCUUACUCUUCUUCUUCUUCAUUUUUCUUCUUCUCAAUUUCUUCCGCUUCCUCUUCUUCUUCUUCAUUUUUCUUCUUCUCGAUUUCUUCUUCUUCUUACUCUUCUUCUUCUCCAUUUUUCUUCUUCCGGAUUUCUUUUUCUUCUUACUCUUCUUCUUCUCCAUUUUUCUUCUUCUCGAUUUCUUCUUCUUACUCUUCUUCUCCAUUUUUCUUCUUCCGGAUUUCUUCUUUUUACUCUUCUUCUUCUCUAUUUUUCUUCUUCUCGAUUUCUUCCUCUUCCUCUUCUUCUUCUUCAUUAUUCUUCUUCUCGAUUUCUUCUUCUUCUUACUCUUCUUCUUCUUCAUUUUUCUUCUCGAUUUCUUCUUCUUCUUACUCUUCUUCUUCUUCAUUUUUCUUCUUCUCGAUUUCUUCUUCUUCUUACUCUUCUUCUUCUUGAUUUCUUCUCGAUUUCUUCUUCUCCUUCUUCUUCUUCUUUUUUUCUUCUUUUCGUUUUCUUUUUCUUCUUCUUCUUCAACUCGUUUUCUUAUUCUUCUCGUUUUCUUAUUAUUCUGGAUUUCUUCUUCUUCUUCUUCUUCUUCUUCUUCUUCUUCUUCUUCUUCUUCUUCUUCUUCUGUUCACUAA